AUGAAAGCUCUUGUGGUAUUUUUUUGUCUCAGUUUAGCAAUGAGAUACAGCACUUGCGUACCUAAGCAAAGGAGAACCUUUCCUGAAGACUUUAUAUUCGGCGUUUCAACAGCGUCUUAUCAAAUUGAAGGUGCCUGGAAUUUAGACGGAAAAGGAGAAAACAUUUGGGAUUAUCUCACCCACAAUCAUGUUGAAGCAAUAGCAGAUCUUAGUAAUGGUGAUAUUGCUGCCGACUCAUACCAUAAUUAUUUAAGAGACGUGGAAAUGUUGAGAGAAUUGGGCGUUAAUGCUUAUCGUUUCUCGUUAUCAUGGUCGAGGAUACUCCCAACCGGCUUUGCCAACUAUAUCAAUAAAGCGGCAAUCGAUUACUACAAUAAUUUGAUAAAUGAACUUCUCAAAUAUAACAUUAAACCGGUGGUCACUUUGUAUCAUUGGGACUUACCACAGAAACUUCAAGAAUUAGGAGGUUUCGGAAAUCCAUUGAUCGCGGAUUGGUUCGAAGAUUAUGCCCGCGUAGCCUUCCAAUAUUUCGGCGACAGAGUAAAAUUUUGGAUUACUAUUAAUGAGCCGAAAGAGAUAUGCCUGGACGGAUAUGGAAGUACGGCUAAAGCCCCUAUGUUAAAUGCAUCAGGGAUCGGAGAGUACAUUUGCGCUAAGAAUCUGAUCAUAGCACACGCCAAAGCCUAUCAUGCGUACAGUAAUGACUUUAAAGCCACGCAGGGAGGAGUAUGUGGCAUAACGUUUAGUGUCAGUUCUGCUCAACCACUUACGAGCUCUGAAGAAGAUGCAAUUGCACUUGAAAUACACAACCAGGGUGAAUGGGCUAUAUAUUCCGAUCCGAUUUAUUCAAAGGAAGGUGGUUUUCCCAAGGAGUUUUCUGAACGAAUUGCAUUAAAAAGCUUGCAGCAAGGGUACCCUAGAUCUCGAUUACCUGCGUACACCGAAGAAGAAAAAGACUUUGUUCGCGGUACAAGCGAUUUCUUUGGUGUGAAUCAUUACAGCGGCUCUCUCGUGUCUGCAGUUACUUCUAACAAUUUUGUAGUCCCGUCAUUCAAUGAUGAUGUAGGUGUCAGUUAUUAUACGCCCGAGGAAUGGCCUCGAUCAGUGUCUAGUUGGCUUACGCAAAUGCCGAAUAGCUUGAAUAUAACUCUUACGCGUUUGAGGGACAGAUAUGACAAUCCUGAAAUUUAUAUUACUGAGAACGGAUGGUCGACGUAUCAAGGAUUAAAUGACGACACUAGAGUCAAUUAUAUGAGAGCCGCUUGGGAGAGUGCGUUGGAUGCGCUUGAUGCCGGAAUUAAUUUGAAGGGCUACAUGGCCUGGAGCCUAAUGGACAAUUUUGAAUGGAGGGAAGGAUAUAGUGAAAGGUUCGGUUUAUAUGAAGUGGAUUUCGAAGAUCCGGCCCGCACUCGUACUCCAAGAAAAUCCGCUUUUGUCUACAAACAACUGAUUAGUACAAGAGAAGUUGAUCACGACUAUGAUCCUGACUCUCAGUCUGUUAUGACCAUCAACGACUCGUGAAAUCAAAAAUUAAUUUGUAAUUAUUUGUUUAAUACGUACGUACG